CCCUGAAGCGCCGCCGCGGCGUGUCCCCCCGCGCUGGGGAUGCGGCAGCGCGCAGCCCCCCGCCACCGCUGAGCGCUGCGCGGAGGGGCCGCGCCGGGGGGGCGGCCGCGGAGCAUGGCCAAGGCGCCCGGCCGCCGCCUCGGGGUAGCAUGGCCGUGAGCGCGGCGGCCCCCCCCGCCGCCGAGCCGCUGCCCCGCAGCAUCUUCAAGAAGUUCCUGGUGAUGCUCUGCUCCCUCCUCAUGUCCCUCUACGUCUUCUACUGCCUGGCCGACCGCUGCCAGACCCUGCCCGGACCCAUCAUCGCUGCCGGCGCCGCCUCGGAGGAGGAGGAGGGCGGCGGCGGCGGGUACCUGGGGGGCUCGGCCGAGCUGCCCCCCUGGCAAGCGGCGGCGGCGCGGAGGAAGCGGCUGCUGCAGCGGCUCAAGCAGCGGCGGCGGCGGCAGGAGGCGGCGCCGGGGCAGGAGGUGGCGGCCGGGGGCGGCGGGAGCCGGGCCGGCGGCUCGGGCGGCGGCGGGGGCGGCGCGGCGGGGACCCCCGGCACCCUGACGCUGCUGCUGGGCGAGGGCACCAAGCGGCUGCCGCAGGCCAUCAUCAUCGGGGUGAAGAAAGGAGGGACGCGGGCGCUGCUGGAGUUCCUGCGGGUGCAUCCCGACGUCCGAGCCGUCGGGGCCGAGCCCCAUUUCUUCGACCGCAACUACGAGCGGGGACUCGCCUGGUACAGAGACCUCAUGCCCAGGACCCUGGAGGGGCAGAUCACCAUGGAGAAGACCCCCAGCUACUUCGUCACCAAGGAGGCCCCAGCCCGCAUCUCCUCCAUGUCCAAGGGCACGAAGCUCAUCGUGGUGGUGCGGGACCCCGUGACCAGAGCCAUCUCGGACUACACCCAGACGCUCUCCAAGAAGCCCGAUAUCCCCACCUUUGAGAGCCUGACCUUCAAAAACAGGACUACGGGCCUGAUCGACACCUCGUGGAGCGCCAUCCAGAUUGGCAUCUACGCCAAGCACCUGGAGAACUGGCUCCUCUACUUCCCCAUCGGGCAGAUCCUCUUCGUCAGCGGGGAGAGGCUGAUCAGCGACCCCGCGGGGGAGCUGGGCAGGGUCCAGGACUUUCUGGGCCUCAAGAGGAUCAUCACCGACAAACACUUCUACUUCAACAAAACCAAGGGGUUCCCGUGCCUGAAGAAGGCGGAAGGCAGCAGCAAACCCCACUGCCUGGGGAAGACGAAAGGCAGGACCCACCCCGACAUAGACCAGGAGGUGGUGCAGAGACUGCGGGACUUCUACCGGCCCUUCAACAUGAAGUUCUACCAGAUGACGGGGCAGGACUUCGGCUGGGACUGAGGCUGAAAAAAAUAAUUUAAGAAAAGGAAAAUAUAAUAUAAUAUAUAUUUUUUUUACAUAUCAGUAGAGAGGGGGGAAAAUACAGAAAAAAAAAUAAUAGUUGUGCUGAAACAUGACUUGUUCUGAUUUAUUUUGUUCUUUUGACACUGCUUUGUUUUCUUUCGGAGCUGAGGAGGUGUGUCCGCCCAGAAAAGGGGGCUGUGAACAGCAGCCUCGUCCUACUGACAUCACCUGCAGCUCGGCUGCUUCCUUCAAUGGGCCCAAGGUUUAGCGCCGUCUCUGUAAAAAAAAAUAAAAAUAAAAAUAUGCAGGUGCAAAGCUUUUAGAUGUCCUCAGGUCCACCUCCAGAAAUGACAGGGGUGCUUGGGGAAACUGGAGCUUUACUGGGAGGUCAGACAGAUUUUGGCUUGCAAAUACCACUUUAGACCAGACCUCAUCACUUUUGACAAGGAAACAGAGGAGGCUUAAUAUCUAAUUUGGCUUUCAAAUCCUUACCUUGGGGGAUUUUUUUUUAUUGCAUGAAACCUUUGGUGACACUUUUUUCAUGUAUUCGAUUUUUUUUUAAGUUUUGCUCCCCCUAAAUCAAGUUCUUUUCAUCAACCAAACUUAUUUUUCAUCCUACAGAAGCCAAAACCAAUAAUCCUUUGUUUUGUUUUGAGACAAAACAGUUUUGGUAGCCAAAAGUUGAAAGAAAGCAAAUGAUUCUUUUUGACUCUAUGAUGAAAAUCGCCAGGUAGUCAAAAGGCCUCAUUCACAGGAGUUGGCUCUAAACCAGCGGUCCCCGUUGCAGUGUGCCCCCCUUUUGCUACGCUGAGGGAAAAUUGCUUUUCCCAGGGGGGGCCCAUCUGAAGGGAUUUGGGUGAUGGGCACAGAAGGUCCACACUGAGAUGCUGCUGCUCGUGGUACACCUGACUCGAAGGUGAUGGGGGACCCACCAUCCCACCAUCGUACGCACAAAACAAGUUCACAGUGUCCGGCGGGUGAUAUUUAAGCCAUAAUGAAGAACGUUUUAAGUUGGGUCAGUCUUAAAAAGGUGGAGAAAAUGUUGUUUGGGGAAAAAAAAAAUGAACAAAAAUUACAUCCAGAAAGGGGAGAGAAUGAGGAGAAGACAAUGGAAGAUUUCUUGUCCUUUCAUAAAGGAGAAUCGAGGGGGAGGCAGGAACAAGAGCCCUGGGUGUGCAGGGCUUUAAAAAUUGUCAGGCAAAACGAAUCUCCUGUUUGCAAUAACCAGGAGCUUUAAAUUCUUUGCUUUGAUCCUUAUCGCCUUUUUUUGGCUGGUAAAAGUGUCUCAGCAACAGAAAUCUAUUAGCGAAGCAGGAUCUUGUAUUACUGUGGGCUCACUUAUCUGCUGGCUCUUUAUCUGCAGCAUUUUCUGGAGUAUAGGAGCACCUAAUUAUCGCGUGGUGCUGUAUAAACACCACACAAUGAUGCUCCCUCUCCUGAGUCUUAACUUUAAAAAGCCCCUGAUGGGGUAAAACAAACUUAAGUGGGGGGAUCACCUGGUAAUGCGGUUAGGAAGAAGCCUGGGGACCAAGUUCACUGGCUGCCUGCACGUCCGCCGAGAUCUUAAUAAAAUCACAGCAGCGCAAAGAUUUCAAGGAGUCCAAAGAGAAUUGUAUCUGAAAGUACAGCUUAACCCAAGAGGGAGUCAUCUCCACCUUGGGCUGUCCUGCUUAGGAAAACAGCUUGGUACCUGCUCAACUUCAUGGCACCAAGGUCCACUGCAGGGCUUGAGCCACAUCCCCGCCUCGGCUGCCCUGAGCCUCCUCCCUCCUGCCCAUCCCUACACACCUCCCUCCCUUCCCAAGGAUGCAGAGUCCUGGGAUCUUCUCAUCCCCUGAAGACACAAACCCAACAUGGUUUUGUACGCAAGGCCCACUUCCCAAUGUAAUUAAAAUAACCUCAUUAGUGUUGCAAGGCCCUUCUCCCACCAUUGUUGCCCCAAAGCCUUACCUGAGCUCGGUUUUCCGUACCCCGGCUGGUGGAGCGGUGGUGAUGGGCUGGUGGCACCACGGCCGGGCUGUGCUCAGCAGCGUGUCCUGGCAUGGCACAGCUCAGCGCCACCCUUGCUCCUUCCACUGAUACCUCCACCCCCUUCCUACCAGUCUCGUUCCAGCGUGUCCCAUUUUAAGCCCCUUUUUGGCAACGUCCUGUACCACAUCUGGGUAAACAUCUUACGUCGUCGUCCUCUGCGAAGCCCUUGCAGCAGAAAGGCAGAUGGGGGGGUCACAGACCCCCAACAGCCCUUUCUCUUACCUGCCUCCCUUCGGCCCCUCAGUGCUCAUGUAAGAGAGGACAUGAGAAAAUCAGAGAUGGUCAAGCUGCUUUGGCUUCAUGGGGUCAUGGUUCCUCCCAGCAUCUCUGCAGCUCAUUGCUGGAGCUCAAAGCUCCCAAAUUGGAAGAAGUUGGAAUAGCGCUGGGCUCUUGGUAAUGGUCUCCCCAGUGGUCUCACUGGAAACGAGGGGAGCAAUCUGCUUUCUGCCCGUGCCGGCCAGAUCAAGGGAGAAUGGGCUCAAGGUGUAGCCGAAAGGAUGGGGGUUAACUACCGGGAAAACCUUUCUAAUAGCAAGGUUUGCUGGGGCAGGAAUGGGAGAUGGCCACCAUCCCUCCCACGCUCUCCUCUUCCGUCCCAGGGCAAAAGCCAAGGUGGCGGCGAGGACAAGGCAUCACUCAACUGAAACAACCAAAACAUCGGCACAACCUCCCAGUGCCAGCACUACCGAGGCACAAAAAUCCGAGGUUUUUCCAAGCUGAGAAGAAGAUUUAAGUAUGCCAUUUCUCUGGUAUUUCAAGGAGACUUACGGUUGGGCUAAUCUGUACAUGCCUUUGACAAGUAUAAAUAUCACUUAAGAGUAUGAUUUAAAAAAAUCAAUACAAUUAUAUUGCUAUUGUCUCUCAUAUGGUCACGUUUAGACUACUAUAAAGCAGCUUUAUAGGGCUACAGAUUGUUCUUCCCGUAUUGAACUAGCCAGAGCAACACCAAGCACCUUCAUACAAAUGAGUUUCUACAACUGCCACCAAAUCACCGUCGUUAAAUCAGUACCGUUUCGGUGUGUCCCCAAGCCUAACUAUCGUACGUGCCUUUAAAAAAACUCUUCCCAGCACACUGAACUCCGCUACGUAGCCAUAUUUUCCCCAAAAUGCUUGAAAGUUUUACUUCCGCUCGUUUCCGAGGGUUUGAAUCCCUUGCUGCACACCUAGUAAAACUAUUUAGGGCUCCGAGACCAUAAUUGAUUUUUUUGAUCUGGGCCAUAAGUAUUUUUGAAAAAUCCCUCCGCGUAUGAACAAUGGCUUCUAAAAAGACGUCACGCAAUCAAAUUGCUUUGAACUCUAAUAACAUUUAAGCCUCUAAACUCUUUAGGCUUAUUUUAAAAUCCAGCCAUGAAGUUUAGGCUAUUUUAACCUGAGAAUUGGAAGUAAACUAUUGAAAACCGCACCCCUCCUAGGCCUACAGUAUUGAGCAUGUGUAUUGGGGGGGGGGGAAGCAAAAGUAGCUAUAAAUAAAAAAGAAAGUGAUCUAUGAAGUUUAUUUUUUUAAAAGCAGAAAAAUCAAUACAUUACUGACGAGAAACUAAUUAGGUGUAUUAAAAUUCUUCUGGUUUCAAUAAUCAAAUGUGCACUGAUGAAGCCUAGGCUUAUAUGCCACACAAAUUAUUUUAGAACAUUUGUUUUAAAAAAGAACCCUUUAUCUUUAAGGGUAAGGGUAAUAAUGAGAAGAAGCAUCCUAUCGAUGCCAAGUGUCAAAUUUAUCAUCGGGAAGAAAUUUUUUACGCUGAAGGUGGAGAGACGCCGGCCCAGGUUGCCCAGAGAGAUGGGAGAUGCCCCAUCCCUGGAAACACUGAAGGUCACGUUGGAUGGGGCUCUGAGCAGCCUGAUCUAGUGGAAGAUGUCCCUGCUCAUGGCAGGGGGGUGGGAAUGGAUGGGCUUCAAAGGUCCCUUCCAACCCAAACGAUUCUAUGAUUAUUGAGCAGACGCAUCUCCUUCGCCCCCCAUUUGCAGCACCGCACGGGUGGCCUUGUUCAACAGGCAGUGGGGCUCUGUGGGGCACCCCAGCCCUGGUGCGCAGAAACCCCCAGCAUCUGGGGUGCUGAGCACAAGUAUUGCCCCCAAAGGCUUCAAAAAUCAGGUUUUUUUCCCCACUGACGGCACCGUGCUUUGGCACAGGCUUGUAGAGCCCGACUCAGGAAGGCAGUUGAACGGGAGACCUCCCUUCAGCCCCCUGCAGCGGCUCUUUGCACUGUGCUUCAACUGGCCACAGCUGGAAAAUUUCGGAGAAAUGGGUUUUUCUUUACCAGUGGAGUUUGGCAAGACAAAAACCGGCCCCUCUGCUGCUGUGAAUCGCAUCGUCGCGAUUUCUGGAAGGGCAAGGUCCGGGCUGCCGCGUCCACGUUGUAGUAGUUGGCGCUGAUUUGGUGCAGUGGGGAAUUUAAUCAACUCCUGAGGAAAUGCUGCCACCCAAUAAUUUACACAGUUAAAAGGAAUAUAAACACCAACGUGCCAUGAAGGACGGCGUAUGAGACUCCUCUGCGUGCUAUUCGGGGUGGUCUUUUGGGGUGCAGCACUAAGAAGUCAAAUUUCCAGCAGUGAUUUGGCCAUGCCUACCCUGCACUGAGCGGUUUUUGACUAACACCGAUCCUCAGCCUCCUCGGUUCUCCCCCGUACACACUAGCACACACAAUGUUAGGUCUCCAGAUUGGGGGG